GUCAGUGUUUAGGUUGUGUUUGGCUCUAGGUUCUGUCAGAGUUUGGGUUCAGUUCUGUCAGGGUUAGAGUUGUGUUUGGCUGUAGGUUCUGUCAAUGUUUAAGUUGUGUUUGGCUGUAGGUUCUGUCAGGGUUUGGAUUGGGUUUGGCUGUAGUUUCUGCCAGAGUUUUGGUUGUGUUUGGCUGUAGGUUCUGUCAAGGUUUGGGUUGUGUUUGGCUGUAGGUUCUGUCAGAGUUUGGGUUAAGUUUGGCUGUAGGUUCUGUCAGAGUUUGGGUUGAGUUUGGCUGUAGGUUCUGUCAGAGUUUGGGUUGAGUUUGGCUGUAGGUUCUGUCAGGGUUAGAGUUGUGUUUGGCUGUAAGUUCUGUAUGAGUUUGGGUUGGGUCUGGCUGUAAGUUCUGAGCUGGUUCUCGGUUUGAAGGUUUCAGUCUGAUUUUAGGUUUUGCCGUUUUGACGCAACAGAAACCGGUGUGUCCUGUUUUGUGUCGUCUACCACCGGAAUGUUCGAAACGGAAGUGAAUGACGGAGGUAAGAGUCCCCCAGUUAGGCCGAUACCAGAACCGAUACCCUGUACCGCUGAGUCUCAGAGCUGGUGAGUGGGAGUUCGGGGUUCGGCUGGACUUCUGUGUGAGUUUUCAGCCCAAUUUUAACACAAAACAAAAAACUCAGGCUUAUGAUUUAUACUUUUUAAACUUUCCAUCUACCUGUGUACCCGCAUCUCACAGCACGCACGCGCAGUUUAAUCCCACCUGUAUUGAGCAAACCUUCCCGCUGCCCUUGUAAACCCCGCCUCCUGUCUCAGGAUUGGCUAUAGGCUGCAGGUUUAAGGAAUAAGGGCUUGAAAUCUUUGGAUUGACAGCCAAAUUCUAGCCAGUCGUGGCUAUGGAGGGCGGGGCAUGUUGGAAAACGGGUGGUAAAAGAAGAACAUGAUGCGCGAGUGUGACAGGUGAGUAUCGCUGAGUUGGCCACGCCCUCUGAAACCUGAACCCGGCGUUUUCCGUGUUGUUUGGUCGCAGGUAGGCUGGAGAUAUGUGUUUGUCGAUUGUUUCGUUCCGUGAAAUCUGUACGAUAAGGUAAACUUUGCUUACUCCCCACUAAAACUCUACUGUAACUCCAGAAACUCGGUUUUUGAGUGGAUUUAGAGUGGAUUUGGGUUUGAGUGGGUUAGUUUGAGCGCGAGACGCGGCGGUGCUGGGUGUGUUACUGGAUCACCUGUAGUCUAAAAAACAGCAGGACGGGUUCAACUGCUUCCGGAAGUCUCAGCAGCAGACUAAACCCGGGCUGUGAGCUGAAGAGCAGCCGGUACUGGUACCAGAACCAUGGACCCCAUGGAUGCAGGAAUGCGGUACACCCCCAAGUCCUCGGAUAGGGACUGGGACCAGGCCGUCACUUUUCUCCCAGCGACAGAUUCGGCUAAACUGGAGAAAAAGAAGGGUCCAGGGAGGGUUGGUGCCAUCUUGGGUGUGGUUGUAUUUGCCUGUGUUCUGGCUUUAAUAACGGGACUCCUCGUCUGGCAUUUCCACUUCCGCAAGGAUCAAAAGACGUUGAAGAUGUACAACGGUUAUAUGCACAUCACCAGCCAGGAGUUUCAAGCUGCUUACGAGAACCCAAAUAGCACAGAGUUCCAGAUGCUCGCUAAACAGGUCGUUACUCAGUUGAGAGAUAUCUACAGUAAAACCCCUGCAUUGUCCAAAUAUUAUGUGGACUCGACAGUACAGGCCUUCAGUCAGGGCAGUGUGGUGGCUUAUUACCUGUCGGAGUUCCAUGUUCCAGCAUCACAGGAAGCUGCAGUAGACUCUGCCAUAAGUUCAUUGGAGAACCUUAAAUACCAGCGCAGUUUACAGUCCGGAUCACUGAUGUUUGACCGUGUUGUAGCUUCAGCGGUGGACCCACGGAUGCUGAGGAAGCGCAAAAUUAAAAGGUUCAGCGCUAACACACAACCCAACCGGCCCAUCCUGGUCGAGUCACCCAACUUCCCCAACUUCCCGUACCCAUCUAAUACGCUGGUGCAGUGGCAGUUAAAGACCGAGCCUGGCAAUGUCAUUCAGCUGGACUUCCAAACCUUCUACCUGGAGAACGAAUGCAAGAACGACUUUGUAAAGGUUUACGAUUCGCUGGCAGCCAUCGAAAGUCGGAUCAUGGCGGAAAAGUGUGGAUACUACUCUCCCAACGACCCUCUUGGGUUCAUAUCCUCUGGUAACAUCAUGCUGGUCACACUGGUGACCAACGAGGAGGGAAACUAUCCAGGCUUCAGAGCUAUGGCCACACAGGUGGCGAGAGGAAGUCAAGGUAUGUCAUGUGGUGGAACUCUGAAAGGAAAUUCCGGUACCUUUACAUCUCCAAACUACCCGAAAUAUUACCCCCCCAACACCAGGUGUGAAUGGACUAUUGAGGUGCCGCAAAACAUGAACGUGAAGCUGAUUUUCUCAAAGUUCAUGAUGUCGGUGGGUCAGCCCGGCCUCUGCCAGAAUGACUACGUACAAGUAAAUGAGGAGAAGUUGUGUGGUAGUGUUUCUGCUAAUAAACUUGUGACAAGCAGUUCGAACAAGAUGAAAGUGGUAUUCUACUCAGAUGGGUCGCUCGUGGACCGUGGGUUCAAUGCCACAUUCUCAUCCUUUGAGCCCACUAACCCAUGUCCUGAUAAGUUCCUGUGCAACAAUAAGCGCUGUGUAAGCCAUGACCUUCGCUGUGACGGGUGGAACGACUGUGGGGACAGCAGUGACGAGAAGGGCUGCAAGUGUGACUCUUCGAUGAUCAGCUGUAGGAACGGGAUGUGUAAGCCGAUGUUCUGGAAGUGUGACGGGAUUGAUGACUGUGGAGAUAGAACUGAUGAGAUGAACUGUGCCUCUUGUAAGGCGGGUGAAUUAGCGUGUGGUAAUGGGAAGUGUAUCUUGGAGAAGCAGAAGUGUGACGGGCGGGACGACUGCGGUGAUAAGUCGGAUGAAGUGGACUGUGGGCCAAAGACGGUGUGCACGGUGAGUAAUUACAAGUGUAAGAACGGCGAGUGCAUCACCAAACAGAACCCAGAAUGUGACGGAAAGAUAGACUGUACGGACGAGUCCGAUGAGGACUGUGGAGACUGUGGGCUGAAAGCAUUCAAGUUAUCCCGUGUUGUGGGCGGUCAGGAUGCUGUUGUAGGAGAGUGGCCUUGGCAAGUCAGCCUUCACAUUAAGAACUCCAUUCACGUGUGCGGAGCGUCAAUCAUCAGCGAGCACUGGCUGGUGACCGCGGCCCACUGUGUACAGGACGAUGCCAAAGUCAGGCUUUCUCAGCCGGGCUCGUGGGAGGCGUAUCUUGGCCUUCACGACCAGAAACAGCUGGAAGUAGCUCAGAAACGCUACCUGAAGAGGGUCAUCCCUCAUCCCAACUAUAACGAAUACACCUUUGAUAACGACAUUGCCCUGAUGGAGCUGGAGCAGCCCGUCACCUUCACAGACACCAUCCGGCCCAUCUGCCUGCCCUCCUCCUCCUACGACUUCCCCGCGGGCACAACUGUGUGGAUCACAGGUUGGGGGGCCACCAGAGAGGGAGGUUCGGGUGCAAAGGUUCUGCAGAAGGCUCAGGUUCGGAUCAUUAACAGCACCGUGUGUGAUUCUCUGAUGAACGGUCAGAUCACGUCCCGGAUGACCUGUGCUGGAGUUCUGUCUGGAGGGGUGGACGCCUGCCAGGGAGACUCUGGUGGUCCACUGUCCAGCAGUAAUGGUGAACGGAUGUUCCUGGCGGGGGUGGUGAGCUGGGGUGACGGCUGUGCCCGCAGGAACAAGCCUGGCAUUUAUUCUACUGUGCCCAAAUUCCGCGCCUGGAUCAAAGAGAUGACAGGAGUAUAACUCCAGGAAACACUUUGGAAUUAUAUGUAAUUCUAUGGAUUUUUUAAAUGGACUUGAGAAAAGCAUCGGUGAUGUGUUCUACAGAGUGAUCUGCCUGAGUGGACAAACUGAAAUUUGGUCAGGUCUGCGUUCGACCCAGAGCUACGAGUCUGUGUCCUUCACACAGAACCAACACUUUUUAUCUGUGUUUUAUUUAGUACAGCACACACAACACCACCUACACACUCCAUCACACUUCAGAUAGACAUUCAUUCUUUUUUUAAUUAAUUGUGGUUUGUAGUUAUUUGUUUUAUAUGUGAAUAUUUUAUGUUGAGAUGGGUUUUGGUUUUAUGUAAAUAAAUGUAUUUUCUGCUUUUAAACUGGUUUCUCAGUAAUGGAUUUUUAGUGCCUGUAGCUUGUCCAAUCCCUAUCAAUUAAUCCAUCAUUAUCUGUCUGUCUUUCUGUAAUGGGGGGCUAUAUUAAUAUGUGUUUAAUUUUAGAUCCUUUUUAAUAGUUGAUGAAUUUACUGCUCAUCCUCCUGAGUAAUGUAUAUGUGUGCAGUUUAUUAAUACAGUACAGAACUUACUAAAAUGUGAAUAAGACUUGUCAUUCUUGCAUAUCAUUUAACUCUCAUUUACAUGAAUAAGAGACCAUACUGACGCUAUCGUUCUCUAAUGAGCUCAGCUCAUCUGUGGGUCUGUUUAUUGUUGUUUGUGUAUUGUUUUGUGUAUAUGUUAUAGGUGAAGCAAUUUGGUAAUCUUACAGUCAGUGAAUGUGAAGCUGUUGAUGGGAACAUUGUGGUUUUUUUUGUUUGUUUGUACCAGGAGUUUUGCCUUUUACAUUAAUGGUGGCCGAUCCAGUUCCACAAAGUGACCUCCGGUGUUUGAGCUCAUUGUUUUUUCAGGGAUUGCCUUUAGCUGCUGCAUUUUAGACAUUAGGAUGCUUUUGAAAAACUUAAUUGUGCCCCCAAAUCUUUUGAAUCUGUGAAUAUCAACAAAUGCUAAUUUGUCCAUUAAAUGUUUUUAAUUUAACCCUGUAAUCAGUCUCCUGCUGUCUGUACACAGAUUAAUAAACAUAUGCCUUAUUAAAGGUUGAGGUUAA